AUGGCGUAUUUGGUCUCUCUGUCGCGGUGGUGCCGUGCAUGCCGGUUUCCAAAGCGCGCAAUGCGGAGAAGCAGGGGUGCUCUGAGCGCACUUGGAGCUGCAGCCCAUACCUACGUGACCGUGCGGGGCUUCUCCGACGACUCCGAGUACCGCAUUCUGCGUCGAGACUCGCGCCUCACCCACCUGCUCACCGAGAAAGAGAAGAAUCGACUUCAUCUCUUAGGCGAGCUAGAGCGUGCGUUUUACAGUUCUUCCAGAGAGGAUGCCUUCCGCUUGGCCGGUGUCGACGAGGCCGGACGCGGCAGCCUCGCCGGUCCAGUGGUCGCAGCCGCGUGCGUUCUGCCGCGCGACCUCUGGAUCGAAAACCUCAACGACUCGAAGAAGCUCUCUCCAUUCGCUCGCGACGAAAUUUACGAUCUUCUGUUGGACCCGCGCACUGGGGUGGACGUGGGCGUUGGCAUCGUCGAAGCGGACGUCAUCGACGCCGUCAACAUCCUCGAAGCGACCGUGAUCGCGAUGCAGAAGGCUCUACAAGCGCUGCGGAACGGCUCGCCUGCAGUUGCCCUUAUUGACGGAUCGCUCCCGGCCACACUGAAACGAGAAAAUGAGCGGAACGCGCACAACGCAUCCGCCACAGAGUUCUUCGGAAUCGUCAACGGCGAUGCGUCUAGCUUGAGCAUUGCCGCGGCGAGCAUCGUUGCCAAAGUCACUCGGGAUCGACUCAUGGAGAACCUGGACAAACACUACCCCGGUUAUGAGUUUGCAGACAACAAGGGAUAUCCGACUCCACGGCAUCUGGAGCUGCUGCGUGAGCUCGGGCCCAGCCCCAUCCAUCGUCGAUCCUUCGCACCGGUGAAGCAGUUCUUCCAUCCGAUGGGAAUGAACCAGGAAUGA